ACUUCGAGGUCUGCUGAGGAUCCCCGGACACCUCAGUCCCCGCGAUGAGGGAGACUGCAGUUGGAGUAACACGCGUUGCUCUUCCGCUCACUAAGUUUGGCCUCUGCAGCAGCCGUCACACGCAGGCGCGGAGGUAGCUGGGAAAAGGCAGCUUCCUCACACCGACCUCCCGAAGUUUGUGUCGCUGCGGAGUGCUGCAGGUUUGUUUGGCACGGGUAAGCUUUGUCGCGAACUCGCUUGCGCUUUUUCUUUGGCUUAUCCUUCUCGUGGGAUUGCUGCCCUCCUUUGGCUUCGUGGUCCCUGCGCCCUGUAUUCUCUUCCGGAGACUGCUGGAAAGAGCCGCAGCUCCCCUAGGCUAGGGCAGACGAGAGGCGGGGUCAGCGACGCGGAGCGACAGACGAACGGUCGGAGGUGUUUAAGUGAUUGGAUUGGCAAUCACUUUCAGCUUUUGGGGGGAGCUGUUUCUUUUAGUGGUUAGUUUUAUGAUGAUCUGAAGAUAUUUCCUGGAUGUGGACUGUAAUUUUUCAAAAACACAGUGUGGCAAAAGCACUGUACGGCAUUUGUUGAAAAAUGUUUGGGAGAUUGACUCUUCCACAACUGCUUUUUGCUAGCAUCCUUGGAAUUGCUGGAGGGAUGUAUAUUUAUCAACCAAUAUUUGAACAAUACUACCGAGAUCAGAUGGAAUUAAAAGAAAAGUUGAAAUUGGCACAAGAAUCAGAAGAGAAGAAAAGUUAAUACUACAUGGAGUUGAAAUGUAAUUGUUUAAAGUUCUAUUGAAAUUAUACAUUGACUAUAAAUAAUCUAGUAAAAACUUCUCAAGUAUAUUUUAAACACAAAUAAUAGGUAAUGAUUUUAAAACAAGCACUGUCAAUUUUAAUGUUUAAUUUUAUUUGUCAUUUUUAAACUAAAAUGAAUGUGUUAAA